UUGAGGGUAUUCUUGAUUCCAGGCCUGAGCGCUUUGUCAACAACUUCCCAAUUGGUCUUCUUGAACUGGGCCGUGCGCAUGGCGAACUGCGUGGACGGGAAGAAGCUCUUCAACGCAUCCAGCCGCUGCCAUGGUGGAAGCGCCGACUCAACCAGUUUGGUGCCAAUUUUGGCCACUUCGUUAAGCGAGGCGAACUCGGGGAGCACGUUGAAGCCCACUGGCUUGCCCAGGAAACGGUGGCUGUCGAAGUCUUUUAGGGAGACGAGUGGAACACCGCCUAUGGAGAAGGAAGUAUCUCUUGUUCCAACGGGCGUGCGUCCGGAAAGGUGGAGAGCUACCGACUUCGCCGGGUUAAGCUCGAGCUGUAUCCUGGACAGUUCUUGAAAAAGUUCGUCGAGCUUAGCCUGGAGGAGAGCCGGGGUGUCUUCAAUCAGGGCGAUGUCGUCUGCGAAGGCGAGCACUCUGUGGCGGUUGCUGUCUUCUUGGAGUCUUCUUAUUGCCGGGUCGAUGGCCAAGUUGAACAGAAUGCCGCUCAACGGACACCCCUGUUUAACUCCACUCAACUCCUGGUUUUAAAUCCAUUUAAAUCCAAUUUUCUGUAGAACAGGUCUUUGUGUUUCCACUUUUCAGGGAAAAUUGAUCAUUUCCUUAACAGCUGGCAGAAGAGUUCGUAGAGAAGGCACUUAAUUUCUGGCAUGAAAUCCGCUGACAGAUUGUCUUUUAACACAAAAGUCAAAAUCAUAAAAACUGGUAGAUUAAAAAAUUAAUUUUCUGAUGCGUCUUCGUUUCGAGGGAGACUUUUACAUUGCCAGUAUUCUUUUCUUCCCGCUUUACAAGAUUAACAGUUCUAGUCGAAACACCGGUCGCUUCCGCAGCUCUUUUGACGGUUAGGAAAGUGGGAUACUUAAUUGGUUUCGACAACAUUCAUUUUCAUGUCGUCGGCAAAACAGAGGCAACUCAGUCGCUGGGAAGUCCCACUUAGCAUAACUCCAAACCACUACGUUGCAACCUGCAUAUGAGCGGCUCCAGGACUGCUUUGAAUAACUCCGUACUAGUCGAGAUAUCCUGCAUAAUAUCCACCACGAAACAGAUCAGCUGAGAGAACUCGAGUCCCACUUGGAUACGAGUAGUACUAGUACUAUAGAGAAACGGAAAAACCCUUUGGUACGCUUUGCAUACCCCUAAGCGUUCCAGAGCACUGAACAAGUGGACAUGUCCUACUGAGUCGAAUACGCAGGCGAAGUCAAGGGGUACUAUCGCCGUCUCAGGAUUUGACACAUUCCCUUCUCUUAGCAAACGGGCGGAUAGAAAAUUGUUCUCUCCUAUGCCGUCACAUAGCGCAAACCCGCGCUGAUUCUCAUUGAUAAGCAUUCUACAAGAGAGUCUCUUUGCAAUCGCACUACAGAAGACCCUUAGAAGCAGAUUAUCGACGGUAAUCGGCCUCCAUUUGGCAAUGUCCUGUGGUGUCGCGUCGCACCCGCCUUCGGGAUGAGGACCGUUCUGUGCUCGCACUGAAAUAUGGGCACCUUACGGAACCUCAACCACAUAUUGAAGAGGAUGGUCAGCUCACGCUCCACGACCCGUUUAAGAACCCGCUUGUGGCUCACGGGAUGUAGGCCAUCCGGCUCACUCGCUCCAUGGAGGCGACAUCUUGUGAUGACGCGCUUUUUCUCAUCCGGUGUAAAUUCAGGCGGAAGGGUGCAUUUGCUUCUCCCUGCGUAUUCAAGCUGGCCGCACAAGUCAUUGCGCGUUUCAAAGAGUGCCUUAAAGUGCUUUUCAGCUGUCUUGAGGUCCGGCGUUAUCCGGGUAUUGGCGUCGUCGAUGAUCGUGGUCAUGAGUUUGUCACGAGCAAUGUCCCACAAUUCUUGCACUUCGGCAAAACGGCUUUUAUGUAUCUGACAGUAGGACGGCUUACCCACUCGUUGCUUGCAUCCCUUUCGGUUAGGCUUGCAAUCUUGGGCUUUUGGCCCUGACAUCUGAAUACUCUUGAUCAAUCUUUCUGUCAUUUUAACGACAUAUCUCCAGCUCUCGGUCAGCUCUUGCACCGCUUCAUGUUUACACUCUCUAGUGGUCGGUUCUAGCUCGAGAGUACUCUCGAUUCUUACCGUUUCCGCACGAGGAGUCACUGGACUUGCUCGCUGCGACCGAAGCCACAGAUGACGCAAGGCCUUCCACUUGUUUAGGUUCUGGGUUUUCGUUUUCCCCUGGGAAUUCUGUCACAUAUGUCUCGUGUAAAGAGAAGAGAAGUAGUUCAAUAAUGUAGACGCCUGUAUCCACUGAUCUGCAUACACUCGUACCGUUAUUUCGAAGCAGGACUUAUCAAAAAUUAAAGCUGCUUUAUCUAAUGUUAAGUCUGUGACGGCACCUAAGAUUAUGUGUACCGAUGUUGGUAGACGCUGUAAAAAUAAUUCUAGCAUGAAUUUUUCUGGGACAUCAAUAAUUCGGAAGGUUUCUUGCCACUUAUUUUAUUUCAUUAGAUUGAUUUGUGAGUUCUGUUUUUAAAUGAGAGUACGGAUCUUCGAUAUCAGGUGUCAUUAAAAUAUCCCGCACAACUGACGCGACCUCAGGCGGCAAGUGGGAAACAACGUAGUUCUAUUUCGUCACAGAUUCUGUAAUGGGUUUAGGAACAGCUAAUUUAAAUGUGCUUUCGCACAUAAUAAACCAAGAUCCGAUCUAUUAUAGAUCGGUAUUUGCACUGCACUUACCUCAGACAGGUUGCAUGAAAUCCUUUAGUCCCAAGCAAGUAGACAACUGCGAGGAAUUCGCAAAGAAAAUUAUUUAAGAACCGAAACUAAAAAUCCACCAAACGAAAGUAGAUCCAAAAGAAAUGGAAACGCUUAGAUGCGCAUAUUUUCCUGAUGAACAAGAGUUCAAAUGCGAUUCAUUCUACUCAUACGCAGUCCGAAAGUCACCACUGAAGUGGUUUGUUAUUCCAUCUUGUGAUUACAUCUUUGUCGAUGGCCUUCGAAAUACGAUGUGUGAAUUAAAUCCUGUAGCGAUAUCUGCACAUGGUAAAACAAGGUUUUAUGUAAAUCCAUCUUUAAAAACUUGCUCGCAUGUAUUUUUAAGGAUUGACAAUGGGAAGCCUUCCUCACAAAGUUUUAAAACGGACGCAGAAAAAUUUUAACAUCGAACUGAAUGGCAGGACAUCAACCGCAACAUGCAAAUUUAAUUUGAGCUAUUUCUUUGGUACUGAAUGAAUGGUUAAAAGGACUUCUUAAGGCCUUAUCACACGGCCAAAUACCGUCAGCACUUUCGUUUACAAACGACCACGAAAGUGUAGACGAAGUGUACGUCAUUUGAGCAUUUGCUGUCUGGUAAACCUAAAAAGAAAGGUUUACUUUAUGGUGUAUUUAUCGCUCUUUUUUGCACUGCUUCUACUUAGUGAAUACCUACAGUUUUCUCAUUCAUAUCUCGUUGGAUUCUGUUGCUAGAGUUGUUGGAUUCUGUUGAAUUGCUCGGUGCAAAAUGGAUUUUGCUGAGACAGCGCUAUUGUGCAUUAUCCUGGGAACAGUGCUGAAAGAAAAAGAGAAACCGAAAAGAAAAUUGUGGUCUCGGAAAUGGCUGCUUAGACGUAGACAGAAAGGCUGCUAUGAAAAUCUAAUGAGAGAAUUGGCUUUGGAGGAUGCUGAAGGUUAUAGAAGAUGGCAAAGAAUGAACACAGCAUCAUUCGAGUAUCUUCUAUCAUUGGUAUCACCUUAUAUUUCUGGAAGAGAUACGAACAUGAGAAUAGCCAUCACUGCAGGUGAAAAACUUGCUGUGACCCUGAGAUACCUUGCAUCUGGUGAAACACAAAGCUCCCUAUCUUUCCAAUUUCGAAUUGUCCAAAACACUAUAUCAGGGAUUAAAUUGGUGUGCAAUGCACUUGUGAAAGUGUUAAGCCGAAAUCAUCUGCAUGUGCCAUCAACAAAGACUGAAUGGGAAGCUGUGAGUGCCGAUUUUUACAUUAUGUGGCAAUUUCCUCAGUGCAUUGGUGCUCUGAAUGGAAAACAUAUAAAAAUUUCUCCUCCUCCAAACUCUGGCUCACUUUACUAUAAUUACAAAGGGGACUUUAGUAUUGUGUUAAUGGCUUUAGUUGAUGCUAAUUUAAAAUUUCUUUUUGUAGAUGUAGGAACAAACGGAAUACCUUUAAAAAUUAUUUUAAAAAAUAAGGCGUUAUAAUAAACAUCCCAUGCUUAGAAAAUAAACAGGCGCACAUAUGUAUGAAUGUUAAAAAUGCUUAAUUUUUGAAGCAUUUUCUCACUAUGCACUAUUUA